AUGCGUCCUGAUUCGCAGUCCUGGGCGGGAAGGUUCUUCCUGGCUCUGCCUUUCGCCCCCGAGGCCGUUAGGGUUCUUACGCUUCGCAAUCUCUGGGGGGUGGACCAACAGUUUCUAUCGAUUGAUCUAGCAAGGCGCUUCAGAUCGUGCCGCAUGCUUCGUCGGGACUCAUCCGCCGUGAGGGGACAAUCACACGUGGGCUUCCCGGCCGUUCGCACAAUCGUCGAUCACCUGGUCGUACUCUCGAAUAUGACGCCGAACAACAUAUCCAUCUUCCUUCCUCCGACUACGAAUCGAUAUGUUCUCGAGCUCCAUUGGCAAGAAGGCGCUUUGGCGCCCUUGUCUUGCCCGGUUGUCAUCAAGAAUGCGGCCAAAGUCACCGACUGGGUGCUCAUCUUGUCAUCUUCCAAUAUGAGGCGCGAGCCAAUCCUCCCCAUGACAUGCUUUACAACCGUUUCCGACAUCCUGGUUACUGCGACCCCUUCACUGCUUGCAGGCGGCUCUCUCAUUGUCGUGGGUCUCGAGGAAAUUCUUCCUGACCAGAUCGGAGGGCCCCCUCACGUGAAGGGUCGCCGCGGAGACAAGACCUUCACUCACUUCAAGUCGAUUCUGAAGAACGCGGUUGUGUCUGCCUUCUACGACGAGGGUUCAUUCGACCAAGUCCUUCAGGCCACCAGGACGAUGUCGAAGGCGACGUGGGGCAGCCGUGGUACUCUGGAGUCAUGGCGCCGGAUUUAA